AUACAACCGCCGCAACAAAAAGCACAGACUCGGAGAGUCCCUCUGGGGAAGUCACUAUACCUGGCGUGCGGGUGCGAAGCAAGGGCGGCAAAACCACCAGCACACCAACAUCAGAGGACAGUCUGAGUGUAGUGAACAACCGCGUGGCUAUCUGCGUGUCUUUGGAGAUUCCGGACGACGACAGUCAGUCAGAGUCGGAUGGGCCUACAGACAACACCCCGGGCAGCCUCAGUCCG